UAUGAAUAUUUAUAAAAUAUACUUUUUCACUGUUGUUACAAUUCUAUUCGGAACACAAUAUUUAGUAUCAUCAAAAGAAACAUGGGAAAAAAUUAAAGCUAAUGGAUACCCUCUGAAGAUGUACGAAUAUAUGUCGGAGGAUAGAUUCAUGUUGGGCAUGGAACGAAUUCCAUACAGUAAAUAUGGUAACAAAACCAUCGGUAAACCCGUGAUAUUAUUAUCUGGUAUGUUCGCUACUUCCAUUGUAUACGUAUCGCAUAACAAGUCUCUUGGAUUCUUGCUAUCAGACGCCGGAUUCGACGUUUGGCUAUUCAAUUAUAGAGUUACAGGAAUGUCAAAAAAAAUUAAGGAUCCCAGGACAGGAAUUAUUCCUAAGCUAACUAGUUUAAACUGGGACUACAGUUUUCAUGAGUUGGCAAUAUAUGAUUUACCAGCUGCCAUUGAUCUUGUACUAUCUGUCACUGGACAUUCUAAAGUAGAUGUCGGUGGUGUUUCUUUAGGAGCAACCAUACCUCUAAUUACACUAGCUGAAAAACCCGAGUACAAUAAAAAAGUCAGAAAUCUAGUUUUGAUGGCUCCAGCUACCAGAAUGGGAUCUGGAUACCAGGGUAUACAAUACUAUUUCAUUAGAAAAGCUAUUCGAACAUUUUUGAAAGCAAAGUUUAAAUUUAAUUACAUAUCACUUAACAGUGACCCAGAUAACAUAGCAGUCGGACAAUUAUGCAGAAUUAAAUUUUUCGGAUUCAUUUGCGUUCAAUCGAUGAAUUUGAUACAGGGAUUUUAUAAUCCACUUCAUAUAGAACCUGUUAUAGAUGUGUUUACUACUUAUCCGCAACCCACAUCAUUGAAAUCAGUCAAACACUAUUUUCAAUUACUGUUAUCAGGUCGCUUCAGUAAUUAUGAUUAUGGUACAGUUGGUAACUUGGCACAUUACAAUUCUAUCACUGUUCCAGAGUAUAACAUAAGUAAAAUAACAGCUCCAGCAAUCAUUUUGUAUUCCAAACGCGAUAAUCUUGUACCUCCCAAGGAUAUUAAAUGGUUAUUGGACAAUUUACCAAAUGUUAAGGAUAAGCUAUACAUUGACAACAUACCGUUCAGUCAUCAAUCAUUUGUGAUGGGUAAAAAUUCGCACUUAGUCGUCGCCCCAUACAUAGUGAAACAACUAUCGAAAAAUUAUUAAUAAGACGUGAAUAAAGAAAAUAUAUUUUAAUCCUAGCAAGAAACUGAAGUCUCGCAAGUGAAAAAUAUU